GUAGCGGCGGAGCCGUCGCUCGCUUCCUCAACCGGACACACUCCGCUGAUAUUGUGUGAUACAAAAAAAAAGAAAAAAGAAAAAGGACAAAAAGAAAAACCUGGUGAGCCGGCGGACGAGGGGCUUUUCAAAAAAAAAAAAAAGCACACGGACCGAGAGAGAGAGAGAGAGAGAGAGAGAGAAAGGCCCUCGUCGUCGUGGUUUUUAAACAAACUGGCGAAGAAGUAGAAGAAGAAAAAGAAGUAGAAGAAGAAGAAGAAGACGAAGAAGAAGAAGAAGAAGAAGAAGGCGGCGGCGAGGAACCUCCACAGAACGGCUGCUUUCUGUUGUUGUUGAUAUCUUGUUGAUAAAGGCGGGGGAUACAAAGCGACGUGCGGUCGACCCCCUCCCCUCCCUCCUCCUCCUCCUCCGUUACAUCUCGUUGGGACUCGUUCGAGCUGAAGACGGAGCUCUCCCUCCUCACGACACCAGUUCGCGCUGCGGUGACCGGGUCAGCGAUAGUACAUGGAUUAUCUGUGUUUCCGGGCACUGUGCUGUAAAGGACCCCCACCGCCAAGACCCGAGUAUGAUGUGGUGUGCAUCGGCCUGACAGGUGCUGGAAAGACCAGCCUGCUCUCACGCCUCUGCAGCGAGGGCGGCGACGGCAUCGUUCCCACAACAGGUUUCAGCAUCAAAGCAGUGCCAUUUCCAAAUGCCAUCUUGAAUGUAAAAGAACUUGGAGGAGCCGACAACAUCAAGAAGUACUGGAGUCGGUACUACCAGGGGUCCCAGGGCGUAGUCUUUGUAUUGGACAGCGCGUCAUCAGAUGAAGACCUUGAGGCGGCACGCAACGAGCUCCACUCGGCCCUUCAGCACCCGCAGCUCUGUACACUGCCUUUCCUCAUUCUCGCCAACCACCAGGACAAGCCUGCCGCAAGGACGCCAAACCAGAUCAAGAAGUACUUUGAGCUGGAGCCGCUGGCCCGGGGGAAGCGCUGGAUCUUGGAGGGCAGCACCACGGACAACAUGGAGGCGGUGAAGGAGAGCUUCAGUCAGUUCAUUAGCCUGUUGGAGGACAAAGACACGGAGCCUGCGAGGAUAUGACGCUGCUAAUGCGGAGACAUUAGUGGCCUGACGGCAAAGAAACGCCGACGUUCCUGCUGGUGCCCUCACACACUCUCACUGCACAGACACACACAUGUAGACACAAAGAAGAAUAAAGCAGAGGUGGGCCCCACUGUGUUGGAGAUGUAUAUUGUAUGUUACCCUCCCUUCACUGCGAAGUGUGUGUGCACACAGGUCAACGGACGAGAGCUGCCAUUAGAUCCGCCCGACGUAAAAUAACAAGUUUGUCAAGAAAAGCCGUUGAACUUUACCAGAAAUGGAAAUCUUGUUUACUCCUGUCUGUGCCAUUGUGAUGAAGUGGCAUUCGGGACGUACGGAAUUCCUCUAGUUAUUAUCAAUGAACACUAACACACACACGCACACACACAGGUUGUCUGUAGAUAUGUUUAAAAUCUCCACUAAUUACUAUACAGGAUGUUUGGGGAGGGAGGGGGGGGGGGGGGGGGGGGGGGGGGGGUCUUUCCACUGAGAAGUGCUGUACGGGGUCAAGUGUGCGUCUCCUUUUACUCAGUAACAACGGAUGUCGUUGUGUGAUCUGGGUGCGUAGUCCGAAGCCUCAUGUUAUGUACGGUAGUUACAUAUCGGUGUCACACCUCGUCUGAGUAUCUAACCUGAGUAGUGUAGUCUGAGUGUCUCGUGGAGUAUUGUGCAUAUUGCCGUGGACCCUCCUGUGCCGCCACGCACAACUACUACUAUCUACUACUCAUCACCUGACUUAAGUGCUACAGUAGGUGACUUCAUGGGUCCAUUCGGAGAGAACGGAGAACAAGUCUGAAUGCUUUUGUAUAAAUGUGCAGCGUAGGAUAUAUUUUACAGCUCUGUGUGUUAACCUCGCAGAGCUACGUUCAGAUUUUUUGAUAUGUCGCACCACACGUAGGAAUUAUUUCAAAUCAAAGACCAAAAUGAAUCUUGAUUGACCGGGCGUAGAGACGUGUGAUGGAUUGAGAUUCAUUUCAAUGUUUAGCAAAUGACAGGUUUGUUUUUCUACAUUUUUACUGUUGUUGUUUUGUUUGUUUUUUGUUAAAUUUGACAUAAUCCCUCUCAACACUGGCUCGUGACUCCAGCCUCCCAUCAGGGUGGAAGACAAACUCUAUCAAUCAAGCACAGCAACAGCUGCAUCUGACAAGUCCCUGUCCGACACCCUAAUGCCUUCCAACUGUCCCACUGUGAAGACCCCUCCCUGUCGCCCCACCUCAUCCCAACAACACUGUCCCGCUGUCCACUACUGCUCUGUGGGUCUUUGUUUCUUUACCCCACACACACGCACACACACACAAACACACUAUCUUUCAGGCCUUCUGCCCUCGUGUGGACUCCGAACGGCUAAAAUGGGUCCUAUUCAUUGUGCCACAGGUGUGUGCGUUUUCCCAGGAUGCACCUCUCUCCUUGCAUUCAUUCUGUUGUUUUUGUUGUUUUCUUCAGUGUUUUUUAGAGAUUUAAUCUGAAUUUUAGACCGGACUUGAAAUCUCCUAGUAUUUUUUUUUACAAUCUGGAUGGAAAUGGUGCAUUCGUCUGAUUGAAUGCAGAAUAAAUCUGUUGACCAUGAGGGAUUAUACCAAUGUCAGAACUUUGCAUAUCAUCCGCUGACACGUCAUUUUAAAACAUUCACUGAAUUCUUUUUUAUUUUGUUGUUGGGGUUUUUUUGGGGGGGGGGGGGGGUAGUCAUUUUCUUUCAGGGUUUUUUCAAUCAAGUGUUUUGUCUAAAAUGGCAAAUUAAAGUUUUUGAAAUCAGAA